AUGCUAAUAUACAAACUACUAUUCGUAUCAAUAUUAACAAUAUCUCAAAUCAAUUGUGUUCAAUACGAAAUUUAUGACGAGUAUGCCAUAUUUACUGUGAAGAAUAAUCAAACUUCCAUAAAUGGAAUGACUCGGGAUAGCGAAGGGCAGCUGAAGGUGAAAUUGAAAUGUGGAAUGAAUAAGAUUCGAAUCGAGCAUUUCGAUCAUGGAAGAAGCUCAUUGCAAAGGAUUCUUCAUUGCAAAAUCGCGAGUGCUUCUCUGGUUUAUCUGCACGAUGGUCGAAGAGUGACGAAUCUCGAUGAUGUUGACACGGUCACCUUGGCAGCCGGAAUUCGAUACGAGGAUUGCGGCAAUGAUGAAUGCCAAUCUGAACUGGAGUGGAUACAACUCGACGAGGAUGAGAUGGCGGUGGUCGAAGGCGAUCAGAAGUGCCGGCGACCAUCAUUGUUGUUUCUGGAGAACGGUGUGAAGAUUUGCAGAAGGAAAAAGCCCACGACGACUACUCUGGAACCGACAACGACUACUCUGAAGCCUGCGGUUCUAACCACGACGAUAAUUGAAGAGACAAGUUCCAAAAAGGCUACUACUCAAAAACCCGAUGCGGAAACUACGAAACAAUCAACUUCCGAGGGUUCGUAUUUGAUCUACGAUUAUUUGAGCAUUACAUCAACUACUUCCUUCUUCUCAACUACCAAAGGCUAUAAUGCUUGUUUUGAUGGCUCCGACACCGGCGAAAUCGUGCUUGAUUGGUACGACACUUUCAAUAUCACCAUCGAGACAUCGACAGCAAAUCCGUACAUUGCUUCCUAUAAAUGUAGGCCAGAGUCUGAAACUGAACUCAAACCAGCAACUGAGGCCAUAGGCUAUUGUUUCCAAAGCUCUGGCACGACUCAGAGUUUAACUUGGCGAUCGUCAGUAACGGCUCCCGUAAAAGAUAUAUUCAAAGAGCCUGGCGUGUAUUAUAUGGAGAUAACGGUCACCGACGCGAUUACCGAUGAAGUGAUAACGAAGCAAUUGAAAGUGACCAUCACUAUCAGCGAGACUACAACGACGACAAUGGAGACAACAACGGAUUCAGAGACUUCCAGCACAACGCAUGCUAUAAGCUCAACGAGUAGUUCGAGCUCGUUCGAUUUUAAACUCAAUGAUUUGACAUGGAUUGAGACGAAGUAUUAUACGAAUGAAUCGUUUGUAAUGGAAAUUGUGCCAAUGCCGGAUCCCGAAGUAUUUUUGAUUGACGUCAAAUAUGAAUGUCGAAUUCUUCCGACGGGCACUUUUGUCGAGGCGAAAUCAUCGGAUUGCAUUCAGGAAACAUCAUUAGCGCGUCAAAUGUCUUGGGCGAAGACGGUGACAUUUCCGUUGAACAGCGCGUUCGUUGGUCCCGGCGAAUACGAAAUUCGAAUCACCGCGGCCAACGCCGACACCAUGGAGACUGCAACGCACACUUUAUUGCUUACCAUUUUGCCUAUUGAUCAAAGCACAACAACAAUUAGCACGCCUGCUUCCACUAGCGAUGAUGAUGCUUCAACCACCAUCACUACAACGGGCAUUGACACCACUUCCGAUGCAUCGACUAGUGCUGACGCAUCAACCGCUUCUGAAACCACUAGCACGUCUUCUGAUGACGACGUUACCACUCGCACAACUGUCCUCACAGAAACCACAACUUCUCCCAGUGAAACUACAGAUUCUAGCGAGACCACCACCAAUGAUGGCACGACUGCCGAGACUAGUAUAGACGGCAGCUCGACGACAAUGAAUGCUUCUGUUUCUACUACUAGUGGCGAUUCUUCGGGAUUGACGUCAACUGAAACGAUGGAAUCCACUACCAAUGUAAUCACUACGGAAUUCACUGGAGAAACAACGGACGGCACGACGUCGUCUGCUGAUUCAGCGACGACUGAUGAAGCAAAUUCUACUACAACAUCACCGACGACUAGUUCAAGUUAUGAUUUCACGCUGAAGAACAUUCCAGGGUUUGAAGUCACUAUCUACUACACUGAUUCUUCGUUUGUGAUGGAUCCGAUUCCAAAUAAAGAUGCGGAUGUGAAAACCAUUUCUUAUCAAUGUCGCAAUGAUCCAUCGAAACCAUUCAUUUCGGCAAAAUCUUCGGAAUGCUUUAAGAACGACGAUCCUACUGUCAGAAUGCUCACGUUCACCUCAUCGGUUCAACUGAGUCCCGUGUCGGCGGGUUUCAAAGCACCCGGCGACUACGAGAUUCUGAUAAAUGUGACGAAUCCGAUUACAAGCGAAAGCGCUUCACACAUUCUCAUUGUGCAUAUUCUUAUGGGAUCCAGCAUGACGUCGACCGAAUCUACAACGACGAUGUCGGAAACAGAAGACAAUACUAGAAGCACGACGACGACUACAACGAUUGCUACAGCGGAGGAUGGGAAGAAUGGUAGUACGACGGAUUCUUCUGAAGAUGGUAGUACAACGGAUGGCAAAACAAUGAAAAUAAGUACAGAAGAACCAUUAACGAUUUCCGAAACGACUGGUGGAGAAACUACAUCUGAGAAGACGGAUACGACGGGGACAACGACGGCAUUGAGUACAGAAGAAGGAACUGAUCAGACGACAGAUUUACCGACAAAGGAAUCUUCUUCUUCUACUACUACUACCAGUCCAGUUUCUACUGAGGAACCGACAUCAGCAGCGGAAGGCACUUCAGAAUCCGUUACUCCGACAACUAGAGAUGUCACUUCUACAGAACCUAAGGAAACAACGACGAAAAAGGAUGAGAAGACGUCGCCGUCGACAACGACAACUUCUUCGGAUCUCGCCACAACUACGACUUCACAUUACGACUUCACAUUGAAGGAUUUGAGUUGGGAGGAAACGAUUUAUUAUUCGGAUUCGUCGUUUACAAUUGAGCCAAUUCCGAAUAAAGAUCCGAUAAUGAAAUCUCUGUCGUACGAAUGUCGUAAGCCAGGCGAAGAAUUUCUUGAGGCGAGACGUUCAACGUGCUUCAAAUUUGGUUUGUUUCAAAAUUGGAAGCAUUGUCAAAAGAAAAAGAACGGGGUUCCUGAGCCUCAUUUUGACAACGCUAACGAGAUGAUCAGAUCAGAUCUGAAUGAAUACCCAUUGCUCUUUUCAGAAACCAGUGCCAUGAAAUCAAUGACAUUCCAAAGUGUGGUAACGAUGAGCCCUGUGUCUUCUGGAUUCUAUGGACUCGGCACAUACGAAAUUCGAAUAAAUAUGACGAACUUGGAAACGAAAGAGAAAGCUUCUCAUAUUCUUAUCGUUCAUGUAAUUGAGAGGACGAGCACAACGACUUCUGAAGAUGACGACAUUUCGAUGACAACACCAUCUGGAGAUGAAAUGACGACGACGACGUCCAAUUAUGAUUUCACGCUUGACGGAAUUGGAUGGGAGGAGACGAUCUCUUAUUCGUCAUCGACGUUCGUUAUUAAUCCGAUACCUAAUAAGGAUCCUCUGCUGAAAUCGAUAUCGUAUGAAUGUCGGCAGACUGGAGAAGAAUUUGUGGAAGCGAAACAAUCAAGCUGCUUCAAAUUUGAGACCAGCGCUAUGAGAUCGUUGACAUUCCAAAGCACAAUUACGCUGAGUCCAGUUUCAUCGGGAUUCAGCGGUCUCGGCACAUUUGAGAUUCGAAUCAAUCUGACGAAUUUGGAAACCAAUGAGAAAGCUUCACAUAUUCUGACGGUUCAUGUCGUUGAUACGACGACGAGCGUCACCACGAAAGUGACAGAAUCUGGUGGAAGUGACGACGAUGAUUCGGGAGUGUCGACGAAGACAUCGGAAGGUGGCGGCGAUGAUUCUGGGGAUAGCGAUUCGGGAGGUGCGACAACUCGACCUGAGGACGGUAAUGAUAGUGGAGAUGGAUCAUCCGGAAGCGGCAGUGGUGAUGGAUCGGGAGGCUCAGAUGGCUCUGGUGGAGGAUCAGAUGGAUCCGGAAAUUCAGACGGUUCUGGAGGAUCGGGUGAUUCUGAUGGAACUAGUGGAACCGAUGGAUCUGGCGGCUCUGGGGGAUCAGAUGGCUCUGGAGGAACUGGCGGAUCCGGAUCUGAUGGUUCUGGAGGAUCAGAUGGCUCCGGAUCUGACGGUUCUGGAGGAUCAGAUGGUUCUGGAGGAUCAGAUGGAUCUGGAUCUGAUGGUUCUGGAAGAUCAGAUGGAUCUGGAUCUGACGGUUCUGGAGGAUCAGAUGGCUCCGGAUCUGACGGUUCUGGAGGAUCAGAUGGUUCUGGAGGAUCAGAUGGAUCUGGAUCUGAUGGUUCUGGAAGAUCAGAUGGAUCUGGAUCUGAUGGUUCUGGAGGAUCAGAUGGAUCCGGAUCUGAUGGUAGCGGAGAUUCUGGAAGUGCAACUACUAAGAAAAAAGAAUUGAUUGCAUUGCCAACUGCACCUCCGUUAUCACCAGAAGAAGAAGCAGCACUCGAAGAGUUCAAAAAGAAUAUCUCGGAUCGCGUGUCGAACAUUUUCAGCAGAACCGGCGAUCAUCAAUUGAACACAACCGACGAGUUCUUGAAGGCGGUCUCGCAAAUGAAUCCCGCCGAGCUCGCCGAAGUUGCCGAAAGCAUUCUAUCGAAUCAAUUGCUGAUUCCGAAUGUUGAUGGGCUGUCGCCGUCGGAAGUGCUGACAGCGUUGCGCGACAAUAUCGCCGACACGAACUCGAAGCUCGCUGAGGAGAUGACGAAGGUGAUCAAGGAACUCGCCGCUGUCGACAUGACGUCAUCGGAGACAAUGAAUACAGUCCUGUCCGGAUUGGAUAUGGCGCUGAAGGGAAGUACGGUGUUCACGUUGGGAGUCUCAGAAACGGGAUCGAUCGAAGGCACCCAUUCCGUGAUUUAUGGCUACAUCAAAGCCACAACAUAUGGCAUUAUUGCUCCGAGAUCUACAAUGAGCGUCUAUGGCAGUACGAUUUAUGUGACAGGAGACACCCGAGCAGCAUACCUUCAAGAAGAAAAGGAUACCGUUUCAGUCGAAACCGUGUCGAACUUUGUCGGAUUCACGUCGAGCUUCUUCAAAAAUUCGAGAUCAGUUUCAGUUGAUCCGCUCAAGAAGCCCGACACAAUUGAAUUGGUCUCAACGCGCGUUUUGGCCAAUCUGCCGAAUAGUGCUACGAUAUUCACUUCCGACGAUUCGUUCACUGACAUUCGAGCGAGUUUGUGGAACGUGACGUUUGAUCACACUUCUGUGGCCACCGUCGAACAGUCAAACACAUCGGUGUCAUUCUAUCUGCUAGUAACUAAUGUCGAAUACACAUUGCCGAUCGAGCCGGGAACUAUUCAAAAGAUGAGUGCUUCCAAACGAUUCCCAUCGACUAAAUUGGAAUUUCAAACCACCUAUAAUGGAAUCCGAUAUUCUGUUUCGAUGGGAAAUGGAACUGGGAGAUUCAUUGAAGUCAAAUUUGACACCACGAUUUUCUCGUAUACAUCCAAUGACGUCACUGUGACGUCAUCUGACGGCUCCGAUGUUUCCAAGUUCGCCGCGUUUUUGGAAAUGCCAAUUAUAAUUGAAAAUAUUGAUCGAAAAGUGUUUGAUGAGACAUUGCCAACACUUCCGAUCAAAUUCAAUUCUUUCGGCGAUUCCGGAUUGAGAUUGGUUAUUCGGAUUUCGGACGUUGUGCUUCCCGAGGUUUCCGUUAUAGCCAGAGACAUUCAAAUCUCCACAUUCCAACCAUCGCGAACAUAUUCGGAGUCGGAGAUCAAGGAAGCGAUCAAAGAGAACAAUGGAAUCGUCAUGUCGGGAAAGAUAUUGUUUGCUGAUCGCGAUGGGAUUGAGGUUGUUGGAUACACGAUGACCAUGGACAAAAACGCGGUGUAUUUUAACAAGCCCGAUGCCGAUACGAUUGUUGUCGGAUCGCCAAAGUACAAGGUGGUUAGUCUAUCUCUUGGAGGAUACGGAAUUCAAUUGACUGCUGGAACUUAUACAUCUGGAGCUGAAGUCCACCAAACCACUUUUAUUGAAUUUUCGGAAAGCCAAAAAAUGCGAAUCGACGGCGGUGUGAUUGUGAGAAACGCGACGAAUGGCUAUGUGAUUCAAAAUGGAAAAGUGACGACUGAAGGCGAAGUAUCGGGCAACAAAAUCGAAAUCGUUCCGCAGAGUCUGAUGAAUCAGGAAGCCCAAAACAACAUUGCCGAUAUUCUGAAAAACGCUCAACAAUUUCUCGACGCAAAAGGGAUGACGAUGACCGACAAACAGAUCAACGAGACCGCCGAAAAUCUGCUAUCGAUUGCCGGCUCUCUAACGACGGCAAUCAACACGGCGCUGAAGAAUCCGCUGUCAAGCGAUCUCGCGAAAAGCCUCGAGUAUGCAAAGAAUAACUACAAUGAUCUGUACAAUGUGCUGCCGAGUAAUCCCGAUGAGAUCGUGUAUGUCGAGGAGAUGACGCAGGAUGAAUGGGCCAACUAUGUUACGAAGAUGUUGCAGAAGAAUAUCGCAAAAAAUCUUGCGAAUCAGAUGGCUUCCACUCUCGGUAGUCUCGAGAAUGCUAUUGCUGCGAGGGCGAUCGCCUCAGGCGACGUGCCGUUCAGUUUUGCGAAAAACGUCGAUGGCACCGGCCUUGUCGUCGAUAUUGGAAAAGCCGCCUCGCUGGCCGGAAAAACUCAAACGUGCGAUAAAUGGCUGUUCAUUCCACCGACACCGGUGUCGUCAUGGAAUCAUGAGAAAAUCACUGACGACGUGAUUGUGCAAAUCGGAUUGAUUUGCUAUGAAUUGAAUCCGCGGACGUAUGUUGAUAAUUUUGAUCUACUCAUCACUUCUGGUGGUCUCGAAGCGCAUAUCAAGGAUGUUUAUCAGAAGGAAUACACGAUUGCCGACACUACGGAACCAUUUAUUAUUGAGGGUGAUGGAACGAAAAACACGUUUGGAAUGUCAUACAUGCUACCGGAAUCAUACGAACCCUAUGAGAUUCUCGACAUGCACACAUUCCGAACGAGAUCUUGGAAUAAUUCGAUUCAGAUUGAAGCGACAGCAUCGGAAGAUUAUACGAUCCCUCCGAAUGAUGAUACAUACAUGUUCGCGUCGUAUCAGCGACUCCAAGGACCACGCGAUCCCGAUCACGAUUGGAGAUUUAACCUGAACAAUCUUUCAGUGAUAACAACACAUUUUGUGAAUUCUGGAAAUCUUAUGAACAACACUGGAUUGUUCUAUUUGGGAGUUGGGAAACGAGUAGACCCUUCAACGAAUGCUUCAGAAGUUGUCGACUAUGGAAUGCUUGAUGGGAAACGAUGGACGUUCCAGAAGAACAUGCUAAUGGAUUAUGGUGUCAAGGUGAUCACCAAAGGCUGCUAUGCCUACACCGACGAGCAGGAUCGAUUCAAUUCGAUGGGAAUGGCGCCUCUACCGAAGGAGGGCGCUGAGCGGGUCCGAUGCAUGACGAACCAUCUGACAAUGUUCUCAGUCGGCGCGUUUGUGCCAGAAGUUUCGACAGACUUCGAGUAUAAUUAUAAUGUCGAAAUCAUUCCGAAAAACAUUCGUCCGUCUCUUGCCACAUUAUUCACUAUAAUUCUACUCGCCGGCCUAAUGCUCUUCAAUUUGAUAUCGGAGAAAGAGGAUCGAUCGAAGGGGCAAAUUCGAUUCCUAUCCGAUAAUGAGCCCGCUGACGGCUACAUGUACCUGAUUGUGGUUGAGACUGGAUAUCGAAUGUUCGCCACCACUGACAGCGCGAUUUGCUUCAAUUUGACGGGAACCGAUGGCGAUCAGAUUUUCCGAUCGUUCAAGACAACCUCCGAUGAUCUGUUCGAGUAUCCAUUCAUUUGGGGAACAUCAUCGCGAUUCCUCAUGACCACUGCCUUCCCGCUCGGCGAUCUGGAAUACAUGAGAAUUUGGAUCGAAGAGGCUGGAUUGGAGCACAGAGAAUCUUGGUAUUGCAAUCGGAUCAUUGUCAAAGACCUUCAGACCCAACAAAUCUAUACGUUCUCGUUUCUCAAUUGGCUCGGCACCAAAAAUGGCGAUGGUGAAACGGAGCGAUUGGCGAGAGUCGACACGAAACGGAAUAUGCUGAACGAAUCGAUGAGCAUGCACAUGCUCGGACAGACGAUGUCAUGGUUCGCCGCGUUCACCGCCGGAGGGAAUCGGGUUCGCGCACGGGUCGUUCGAUAUGAGUACAGUAUCAGCAUUGCGACAGCGAUGACCCUAUUGAAUGUGAUCAACACAAUCGUCUGCCAGCAUGAAAGCUUCACCAACCUGAUUGGAGAUUCAAAGAAGUUCGGAUUCUUCACGUUCAGCACAAAAGAUAUCCCAAUUGGAUUCGCCUACGGCAUCCUUCUGACAAUUCUCGCCGCAAUUCACAUCAUCAUCGCUUACAAUUGUCGAUCGGGCCAUGAGGAAUGGUUUUAUCGAAAGGCGAAGAAGGCCGACAAGGCGUUCAAAGAUCCUGGAAAAUCGAAACCUUGGAUAGUGACGCUGAUUUCGCGAUCUGUCUGCCUCUGCAUUAUCAUCUUUGGGACCAUUUAUAAUAUCACUGCUGGAAUGGAUCUCUCAAAUGAUGCCGGCAAUGCGUUCUUCAUUCGAUUCUUAAUAAUGUUCGUCAGUUGGGUUGUGAUAUUCGAGCCGAUCAAGGGAAUCAUCAUGGCUUAUAUUUUGCUUCGGAAUCCGAGUCAUAAAGUGUCGACAAAACUCGAAGAGCAUUUCCUUCCAAUCAAACCGGUCGAAGUGUUCCCAAGAAACCCAUAUGGUCGUGUCGAACAGGAACUGGGAACUCAGAUCGCCGACGUGACGAAGCUUCGAGACACCGAAGAUCGAAAAAUGAGGGAUGAGCAGCUGUUCAUCACAAUCCGCGAUAUGAUAUGCUUCUUCUUAUCGCUUUAUAUCAUGGUCAUGCUCACUUACUAUUGUCGCGAUCAUCAUGGAUUCUACUAUCAGCAGCAGAUGAGUCUAACGCUGAACAUCAAUCAGAACUAUUAUGGCGACGGCUCGUUUUUGUCGAUCACCACAGAUCAAGAUUUUUGGACGUGGGCCGAAAACUCGCUGGCGACAGGCCUUCGCGUUUCCUGGUACGACGAUGAGCCGGCGUACGGUAUGCGGGCAUUCCUCAACGACAAGGUCUCGAGGAGUAUGGGAAUCGGAACAAUUCGACAAGUGCGAACGCGCAAAUCGACAAAAUGCGAAAUUCAAAAGGCGUUUCAACCAUUCAUUGAUAGUUGUGAAACGGAAAUCAAUGAUGAAAAUGAGGAACGAACCACCUAUAUGCAGGCGGGAUGGGAGCAGUUCACCGGAGAGAACACCACCGACGCCCAAGAGGAAUACACCUAUAAGACAGAGGAGGAGCUAAUGACUGGAACAGUUGCGGGAACACUGGGAAAGUAUCGCGGCGGUGGAUACACGAUCAACUUGUCGGGGACCACGAAAGAUAUGCAGACCCUAUUCCGGAAGCUGCGAAAUGAGUCCUGGAUUGAUUCGCACACCAGAGCCAUUAUCAUUGAGUUCUCACAAUACAACGCCCAAAUCAAUUAUUUUUCGGUGGUCCGUCUUCUAGUUGAGAUUCCAAAGUCUGGAAUCUACCUGCCCAACUCAUGGAUCGAAUCGGUUCGACUUAUCAAAUCAGGCGAUGGUGGCUCCGACGUGGUGUCCUAUUAUGAAACGAUUUAUAUCGUGUUUUCCGUUGUGAUAUUCAUCAAGGAAAUUGUUUGCUAUGUCUACGGACGCUACAAAAUGCUGAAGCGAAUGCCGGAAACGCGGAAUCCAUUCCGAGUUCUGUUCAAUUUCCUGUUCCGCGAAUUCAGCCCGUGGCAAUUGAUGGAUAUGAUUGUCGGCGUGUUGGCCAUCGCUUCGGUGAUCGCCUACAUUCUUCGAGAGAAGUACACGAAUCAGGCGAUGGACGAGUUCACCGAGUUCAAUGGAAACUCCUACAUCAAUUUGUCGAUGCAACGAGACACCGAGCUCGCUUUCACCUAUUGUCUCGCCGGCGCUGUCUUCUUCACGUCUUGCAAGAUGAUCAGAAUCCUCAAAUUCAAUCGUAGGAUCGGUGUGCUGGCCGCCACUUUGGACAGUGCUCUCUGGGACAUUGUCAUCUUCUGUGUGGUGUUCAUCGUCUUCUGCGCUUCCUUCAACUCCUACUUGUACAUUCUUCUUGGAAACAAGCUCAAUGGCUAUCGCAGUUUCAUUGCUUCGUUUCAAACCGCGUUGGCGGGAAUGCUGGGCAAAUUCGACAUUCAAUCGAUUAUUCCGCUUUCUCAGAUUGGAUCCAUCGUCGCCAUCAUCUACAUGCUGCUUGGAUCCAAGAUGAUCCUUCAGCUCUACGUCACAAUCAUUAUGUACGAAUUCGAGAAGGUGCGCAACGACAGCGAACGUCAGACGAACGAUUACGAGAUUCUUGACCAUAUUCGGUAUAAGGCGAAACGCCGAUUGGGAUUGCUUCAACCGAAAGACGCGCAUCCCGUCUCGAUUCCGGACACUCAGAAAGAUUACCGAGUGUUCCAUCACGCAAUGGCGAAGGUUAAUCUUCUCGAUCAUCGAGUCAAACGAAUUCUUCAUGAGCAAUCGCAAUUCGAGAACACCGAUCGAAUCAUCUACAGUGUCGAUUUCGACGCAACCGAUGCAAUCGAGAAGAAGAAGAUCAAAGAGAGCGAUCGCAAAAUGAGAAUCAAAAAUGUGAAAAUGCAAUAA